AUGGAGGAAGGGCCUUCCGUGGACUUUUGCGGCCCCGGGGUAUUACCGUGGAAGGCUUGCAAGGCCUGCAAGGGAAUGGUCGGACGGGUAUACAAGGAAGCACUCGGCUCGUCGAACAAGGAUCCUCCAUCGUAUUUCAGUACGGCUGAACUAGGAACCUCCGAGAUCUGGCAUCCCGCCCGCCCGGAGCACAAGCUGAAGCUGAUGACAGACGCCGGCGCGCCGUUCUUGUGCGACGGCUGCAAGGAGCCCGGUUACGGGCCCAGGUACAGGUGCGACUACGGCGGGGGCCAAUCCUUGGACGACCUCCACACGCGUUGCGCACUCGCAGGGGAUCCUCUGGUGCAUCCUCUGUUCGGCUACGGCAAGCAGUUCGAGUUCCGGUUCCUCCAUGAGGCCCCGUCGUCCCCGGUCCACGAGGGCAGGAGGAACGAGGGCCAACGCCGUUGGUUCUGGGCGUACCGCUGCGACGUGGACGGCGAGGCUGUAGACCUGCACGUGGCGUGCCUCAAGGAAACGGCUCGCCGCAGCUGGGAGGCCAGCAACCGAAACCAGGACGACGUGGGUGGUGGCGCCCUGAAUGUCGACCACAUGCUUGAGAACAUGCUUGGCGAGAUUGCAGGGACCGUUGCUAGCUUCAUCACGGCGCUGGUUUUUGGGAACCUCAGUGCCAAGAUGUAG